CUGUUGAGCCCUUUUUUGUACUGUAUUUUUUCUGCGUAGUCCCGCAGACUCGAUCCAACUACCGAAAGACAAAAGCGAAAGUUAAGGAAAUUAGUCUCGCUUGAAGACAGGAGAUAAGGCAAAGCCAGCAGCUCUUAAGGAAACUUGAAGAGAUAAGAAAACAGCCACCAUUCCUAAUCCACGCAGAGAGGCAACGUGGUUCAGGCGACAGACUGGUCAUGCUCCCAGCGUGAUCUCUCCUGUGAUUGUUCUGCCAUGGCAGUUUUAGCAGGUGUGGAUCCUGAGACUGGACAACGGGCAGGUGAAGGAAGGCUGUCCUGGCCGGUUUUCCUGCUGAUGCUCGCCACCGUCACCUCCUCCUCUCUAUCAGCUCUGUCUCUGUACCAGAUGGUAGCUCUCAGAUCUGAAGUGGAGGGACUCAAAUUGGAAGUCGGUCGCAGGAGAGGAGAGGGUCAAGAGGCCAGGUACAGAGGCCAGUCUGGCAGUAGCAGGAGAAGUAGCCAGGAGACCCUGCACCAUUCUGGAUCUGAACAUGCCUUCAGCCUGAUAAGGAAGAGGAGGACAUCGCCUGGAAACGAGACGUUUGUUUCUCAGCCGUGCCUGCAGUUGUUGGCAAACAGUAGCAGAAAACCCUUCAGGAGAGAAAUUUCAUCAGAACUAUACACAGGUAUCCCUUGGCAGUCUGGGCUGAAGAGAGGCUCUGCCCUGGAGAAGAACAGUGACGGCAUGUUAGUCAAAGAGGAGGGCUUCUACUUUGUGUACAGUCAGGUCUACUACAUGGACAGCACCUUUGCAAUGGGCCAUGUGGUGAUCCGGUGGAAGAAGAACGUUGUGGGAGAUGAACGCAAAUUUGUGUUUCUGUUCCGCUGCAUCCAGACCAUGAACCCCGAGUACGCUUUCAACACCUGCUACACAGGAGGUAUUGUGAAGCUGGAGGUCGACGACUACUUGGAGCUUCUGAUCCCGCGGCCCGCAGCCAACGUGUCCCUGGAUGGAGAUUCCACCUUCCUGGGUGCUUUCAAACUGGCUUGAACUGCGUCACCUCACACAUGACCCAAGGGAUGCAGUUGCAGAAAAGAGUUGGCACCGUUGUUGGAGGAGGAGGAAGCAAAGAAGAUACACAGUUCUGGUGACCUUGCAUGACUUUUUGGUGUUGUAAGAAAAGUACAGGAAGCAGCCGUUUCUGCGCUGGCUGAGGGCCAGACUGUGUGACGUCGAGCUUGUUCGGCCUGACCUGAUGUAAAGGGGACAAUGAGCUGAGGGCAUAUUCUUUACUCUUUAGCUUUAUUACGUUCAUUUGUAGCACAAAAAUGUUGUAGAAAAAAGAAAUGUCAGAAUCAAGUGUAUUUUGUUCAAAUAGUUAUUGACAUGGUAAGGUACAACUUAUAGGAGAAGUGUCUUAAAUCAUUCUUAUACUGUAUAGUUCAACAAUACUUCCCUCUGCAGCAUUAGUUUGCCAACGGUUCUUAUAUGCUUUACUAUUCUAGAUAUUUGCACAUAAGCACGAGUGGUCUGAUUUUAUCAUAUGAAUGUCAUCAUUUGAAUUAACUGUAUCUGUAUAUAUCUGAGUGAUAUGGAAAUUCUUUUGCAAUAAAGUGACAAUUCUCGCACAAGA